UUUUGCACCCUGCUCAGCUUUGAGCAUCUGUCUUUUUAUCACCGCACAUUUAUGUUUGACAUCAUCUUUUUGUCAUUGCAUGGUUUUCAAUCUUUAAAUGGGUGGCUACAGCUACAAUCACUAAUCUUAACAUACUACUAAUGUUAAAUAGUAGUACUAAUAUCUAGCAGUAGUUGUAGUAAUUGUAUUAAUCUUGUAAUAGUAAAUGACACUGAUGGCGCCACUUCUAUGUAUCUCAUUUCUUUUUCCUUUUAUGCCACGCAGCUGAUGUGACUCAACCAUCCAGUCAGCCAGAACCUCUGCCCUCUGCAACGAGAGCUGCUGCACCAGAACAGCGGCCUCUGUCCACAGAAGAACUGUUGCUGCCUGAAGGCUGGAGACAGACCCUGCCCAAAGAGCAGCAUUUGUGGGUCAGCAAGGCUCUUUUCACCAGAGACAAGUCUGGGAGGCUGGCGCUGACCAAAAACUUGCGUCUCUGGUGGCAUCCUCCUGGCCCCCGUCCUCUGUAUACACAGCCUCCUUCAUCACCUGACAGCUUUUAUCAUGCCAGGCUGUUCCUGUGGGUCCCUUACCGCUUGUGGUCAUACCGGCUGCUGUGCUCACAGCCCAACUGUCGCCGUCUUGGCUUCCCGCUGACAGCAUGCGGAAUGUACAAGACCGUCAGGAGGGUCUUGGACGUCAGUGGCUGGUACUUCAUGGCUACAGAGUACCUUGAAUGCCGGUCCUGCAAAAAAAAGCUGGCAGGCUGGUCACAGGAUAUUCUGAACCAGCUCGAUCCUGUGCACAGGGAAAUGUUUUCUGCGGUGUUGACCUACAGGUUGUCGUGUGAUAAGGAGGUUGUGAGGUGGAUGCGGGGGCGCUCAUUGGGGAACAGUUCGACUUCAGUGUACCGGAACCUGUGUGUCAGGCACAGAGAGCAUUGGAUUGCCCAGACAACCCAUUUUCUCUCUGUGAUUGGGAAGUUCCCAGACUAUGCCACAGACCCAAGCAGUCUCACUGCCCAGCUGCCUCAGAUGGUACCUGUGCCUUGUCCGGGAUGGCUGCUGUCAGUUUAUGCCAAAGAUGUACUGACACGGCUGCCGGAACUAAAGGCCAGGGUGACUUCUAUUUAUGGAACCAUCCUGAAAAUGGAUUCCACUAAAAAGGUCACUAAGAAACUGGCUGGUGAGGCUGCUGGCACAGCGGCAUGGGUCACAGAUGUGGGAAACGAGUUUGGGCAGGUCCUCGUGUGUGUCCUCACUGAGGCAGAGGGUGACGGCCUGCUUCCCAUGUGCUCUGGUCUCGUGGAGCGCUACCGGAGAGCUGGAGAAGCUCCUCCCCAAGUCCUCUAUGUGGACCGUGACUGUUGCUCUGCCACAGGGAAAGAAAAGGCGGCAGCAAUGUUUAGUGAGUGGGACCAGCUGCUUGUCAGGCUGGACGUGUGUGGGCACUUCAUGCGGAGGUUUGCAGUAGGAGUGACCACAGACAGCCACCCGCUUUAUGGCCCCUUCAUGAAACGCCUCACCGCUUGCAUCUUCGAAUGGGAUGCUUCGGAUGUGGAGAGGCUAAAGGAGGCCAAGCGGUCGACAGGCUGCCAGCCCACCCCUAAAGAACUGGCAAAGCAUUGCCGCCGCCGCACUCGAGGGGCCCAGGAGACAGAGCAGCUCACUGAGAAGCUGCUUAAAGACUUUGGUGGAGCUACGGACACCAUGGGCAUCAAGCUCCUUGACCAGGAGAGGAUGCGGGAGAUCUGGCGGACCCAGCAGCGCCACAUGCAGUGCAUCCAGGACCCGCCAGGUCUGUGCACGUGGCUCGACAUCUCUUGA